AUGGCUAGCCAGGUGGCCACGCCCACGUCCCUGCAGACCACUGCCACCUCCUCCUCUACGUCUCUGUCCUCACCUGCCCUGUCACCGUCCUCACCGGCGCAGCUCAGUCCUGACGAUGUGGAGCUGCUUGCCAAACUAGAGGAGCAGAACAGGCUGCUGGAGACAGACAGCAAGUCGCUGCGCUCCAUGAAUGGCUCCAGGCGAAACAGUGGCUCCUCCCUAGUGUCCAGCUCCUCCGCCUCCUCCAACCUCUCCCACCUGGAGGAGGACACGUGGAUCCUGUGGGGACGGAUCGUCAAUGAGUGGGAGGAUGUGCGCAAGAAGAAGGAGAAGCAGCUUAAGGAUCUUGUCAGAAAAGGGAUUCCCCACCACUUUAGGGCAAUAGUGUGGCAGCUGUUGUGCAACGCCCAGAAUAUGCCCAUCAAGGAUCAGUACUCGGAACUCCUGAAGAUGACGUCGCCCUGCGAGAAGCUGAUUCGCAGAGACAUCGCCCGCACUUAUCCUGAACACGAAUUCUUCAAGGAGAAAGACAGCUUGGGCCAGGAAGUGCUCUUCAAUGUCAUGAAGGCAUAUUCUCUGGUUGACCGUGAGGUUGGCUAUUGUCAAGGGAGUGCAUUCAUUGUAGGACUGCUGCUCAUGCAGAUGCCAGAAGAGGAGGCUUUCUGUGUGUUUGUGAAGUUGAUGCAAGACUACAGAUUACGAGAGCUCUUCAAACCCAGUAUGGCCGAGCUGGGACUCUGCAUGUACCAGUUUGAGUAUAUGAUCCAGGAGCAACUCCCGGAGCUGUAUAUGCAUUUCCAAGCUCAGAGCUUUCAUACUUCCAUGUAUGCCUCUUCCUGGUUCCUCACCAUCUUCCUCACCUCUUUCCCCCUGCCCGUCGCCACAAGGAUCUUUGACAUCUUCAUGUGUGAGGGCCUGGAGAUAGUUUUCCGUGUGGGACUGGCCAUCCUUCAGAUGAACCAGACUGAACUCAUCCAGCUCGACAUGGAGGGAAUGUUACAGCACUUUCAGAGGGUCAUCCCACUCCAGAUCGACAGUGGACCAGAUAAGGUCAUCCAGGCUGCUUAUCAAGUUAAAUACAACGCCAAGAAGAUGAAAAAGUUAGAGAAAGAUUACACUACAAUCAAAACUAAGGAGAUGGAGGAGCAGGUGGAGAUAAAGAGGCUGCGGACAGAGAACCGGCUCCUGAAGCAAAGGAUAGACACACUAGAGAAAGAAAGUGCUUCCUUGGCAGAUAGAUUGAUCCAGGGACAAGUGACUCGAGCUCAGGAGGCAGAGGAGAACUACCUGGUCAAGCGGGAGCUGGCCACAGUCAAACAGCAGAGCGAGGAGGCCGGUGCUCAGCUGGAGCAGGCCAAGAAAACCAUCAGGCAGCUCCAGCAGCAGCAGCAGCCACACGCGAAGGGAGCCCCUCGGUAUUCUGAGGAGUCUGUCCUGCAGCUGGAGAGAGAGCUCGUGCAGGCCCGGCUGAAGGAAGCAGAGUCUCAGUGUGCUCUCAAGGAGAUGCAAGACAAGAUCCUGGAUGUGGAAAAGAGGAACGCGUCACUACCAGAUGACACCAAUGUGGCGCGUCUUCAGGAGGAACUGAUAGGAGUGAAGCUGAGAGAGGCGGAGGCUCUGACCGGUCUGAAAGAGCUGAGACAGCAAGUCAGAGACCUGGAAGAGCACUGGCAGCGUCACUUGGCACGCACGGCUGGUCGCUGGAAGGACAGCCCCAGGAAGAACACCUUGAGUGAGCUGCAGGACGAGCUGAUGAGUGUGAGGCUGCGCGAGGCCGAGGCCCAGGCAGAGCUGCGAGAGACACGGCAGAGGAUGCUGGAGCUGGAGACACAGAAUCAGAUUCACAGUAACCAGCUGCGACGGGCAGAGCAGGAGAGCCGCUGUCUCCAGGAGAGCGUGCAAACACUGACAGUGCAAAAUAAAGACCUGCAUGUGCAACUGCAAGAGAUCAAGCGGAGACAAGCUGAGAUUGAAUGCAAGAGUAAGGAAGAGGUGAUGGCAGUGAGGCUGCGGGAAGCCGACAACUUUGCUGCUAUGGCUGAACUCCAGCAACAGAUCUCAGAGCUUGAGAUUCAGAAAGAAGAAGGGAAGGUCCAAGGCCAGCUGAACCACACAGACUCGAGCCAGUACAUCCGUGACCUCAAAGAUCAGAUAGCAGAGCUAAAAGACGAGAUUUGCUGCUUAAAAGGACAGAGGGGCUUGGCCAACCAGUCCGCUUUUGAUGGGAUCCACAUCGUCAAUCACUACGUGGGGGAUGAUGGGUCUUACCAGUCGUCCGAUGAAGAUGGAGUCAAGGACCCCACCCUCCAGGAUACCCAGCAGAGGUGCGGGGGUCGUGUCAGACUGCGCCCCAACCUCGUGGACACCGACAGUGACGAGGAGGACGAGGAGGCCCUGCGACUCUCCGUGCCUCAGAGCGGCGGCCACAAGUCCACCACCGUGUGACGGGCACCCGCUGGCUCCUAGAGUUGGGGCCGAGGCUGUUAGCACUCACUGUUGAAGAGGAGGCGUUUUCAGCAGCCGUUUCAGAGGACAGAUCUGGAGCUCUGAAUUUCAGAAAGGAAAUGCAUCAUCAUUUCACAUCAUGAGAAUCACACUUUUAGUUGAUUUAGUUUGCUUGUUGUUUUUGUUUUCUCCCUGAGGGCAGCAAACACCUGUCUAUCUGAGCAGCUCUAACAGAAACAGAUCAUCACUGUAGACCUCAGCACAGAGUUCAAUAAUGUGGAGUGUGUCAAACUCUACUGGGCCGUGGGGGGGGGGGUCUGUCUUUCACUCCUCUGACCCCUCCUGUAGGUACAACACAGAGAAAGAGACUGUGCAAUAAAACAUUUUAUGCUACAUUACACACUUCAUCCAAUGUGUUUUUAUAUUUUUAAAGCAUUUUAUAAAUGAACAUCAAAAAUGUAUUGAUGCCGUUACUACUAAGUGUCCAUCAUGCAGAGGCAGAGUUGUAUAAGUGCUGUGUGUGUGUAUAUAUAUCUAUUGUCUUGAUGAGCACGGUCAGAUGCUGGUAUCAAAGCCGCGUCUGUCAGCCAGUGCUGACUUGACUUUUUUGGCCUUAGCACAUGCCGCAUGCCUUUCACUAGGGCUGGUGUACCACAAGGUCAAUGUGACAUCUGCGUACUUGUAGAUAUGUACAUGUGUGUUUUGUUUGUUUUUCCUUUUGAACUUGAAAACAUGUAUCUAUUGCAUAUCUGAUGUUUAGAAUAUAUUGUACAAUUCAGAGAAGAAGGGACAUAUAAAGUAGUUUAAUAUGGUGACACAAAUGACAAAUCCUGUUUCUGAGACUAAUGAGGGGACGUCCUGUUGUUAGAAAAACAACAACUGACCUUUCGUCAUUACAAGAAGCCAUCUUGCUGUUUUCAGAACAGAGAAGGGGGCAGAUUUAUUUUUCAGCUACUGUUGCUAUAGUGCUGAGUUGUUUGAACGCAAACCCCAGCUUUACUUUCAAAAUGAGCCCGCAGUAAGUCAAUUUGGCACAUUUGCUGAUGAAUCAAAUAUGAGUAAUGUCUAUCACAUGUUUAUGCAUUUGCACACAAAUUGACAAUCCUGGGGAGCUUAAACUGGGAGAUAAAGCUGAGGUAACACAACCUGGGGAGGAGGAGCUGUCAAUGGUUACCAAAGCAAGCACUGUAUUGUGCAUUGUGCUCAUCCACGGGGCCAGUUCCACUCCAUGUCUGGGGUCUGGAUGUGUAAGACUUUGAAUUUCUCUGAAUGUCUGUAUUGAACACUAACUCCUGUAUUCAGUGAAAGAGGAGGUGUGAGUGAGUGCAGCCGUCUGGGCUGUCAUGUCCAGGAAACUAAAAGGAUUCUGACUUUGACUUGGCGACGAUGACGUCCCUUUGAUGAACAAGACACCCUUUUGGGUGAGAGAGCAACAUGUUAUGGCACUUUUUGAGUCUGCAGUGCAGUAAGGACACACAUGGCAACACUAUGGAGCAGUCAGCACACUCUGGAGACUAAAUGAGAUGAUUGAUGUGUGUGUGUGAUGAGUUCACAAUAAAACGUUUGAUAAACUC